GUUAGUCACCGGAGCUCCGAAUAAAUUACUGCAUUUGUGGUGUUUGACACCGACGUUAGCUCGUGUAGCGCAGCAGCUGACGGCCGCAAUAUGCUGCUGUAGUUGCUGCUGAUGCUGGUGAGCUGCAAUGCCCGUCCGAGUAUUAAACAGCGGAUACUUAUGCUAACUAGCGGCGGUUAGCUUGCUAGCGGUCAAGCUAACAUCCCGAAUUCCAGAGAAGACAGUAGUAAACCACUUUAGUCGUCAUGUUAGUACGGCCCUCUGCCGUGCUUACUUUAGUUUGUUGCAGUCUUGCGUAACCACUAGAAAUAACUGCCGAUAGAGCCUCCACCAGCUCUACAACAUUACUCACACUGUGGGCUAGCUGGCUGGUUGGCUAACUCACAGUUAGCACGCAGUUAGCGGCUAACCUAGCCAGUGAUGCUUGUGGCAGAGUUAGUCUACGCCGCGAACAGCUGAAGUCAUGUCUGUCCGAUGGAGCUGAAGUGUUGCUCGGCUUGCAAAAGAUGACGGGCCGCCUGAGCCGGGGUUAUGUGCCUCUGUCAGCAGGAGGCGGAACAUGGAAGCCGAGGAAGAGUGGAACAAAGACCUGAGUGCACACAAACUUCUGGAUCAAAAGGUGCUUUGCAAGCAGAAUGGAAAGAUCGUGAGAACUCUUCACAGCCUGUUGAAAACCCAGAAAACUCUGCAGAUUCAGUCCAUCACCCGCUCAGAAUGUGCUGGUUCCUGUCCAAAUCUAAUGAUGAGUAGGAGCGAGCACGCCGAUGCCAGGCCCGUCCCGGUGGCCCUCACCCCCCAGCUCCCCCCCAGAGCCCACAGGCCCCUCUGUGUGUCAGUCUCCUCCGACAGCAGUGGACGCUUCAAGGCUCUGGAGACGCAGGAGUGGAAGAACAACCUCAAAGCUCAGAUGGAACAGGCUCACAGUGCAGGAGCAGCCAGUAGCACAGGUUCUCUGGAGCGAGCGUCCCUCUUCUGCGCCUCUGCUUCUACCACAGCAUCCAGCUCUGGUCUGUCCAGCCCGGUGGAGAUCCUCAAUAAGAGCAAGUCCUCCAGUCGCUUCUCUCUGUUCUCUCCACCCUGGAACAGCAGCUCUGAGUCUGACUCAAAUCCUCCGUCCCGCUCGGGCUCCAAGAAGCUGCGUAACUACAGUAGGAGAGCUGCCACGGGGCCCGCCGGAGCCAGGGGCCCUGAUACACCCGACUUCAAGUCCAGCGGCCCUGAACACUUCCAGUAUUCUGAACCUGUCAUCUCCAAGGUGACGGACUACAUCUAUGUUGGAAAUCUGAACGCGGCGUACAACGGGCGUACUCUGUGCCGCAACAACAUCGACAGUAUCAUCGACAUGAGUAGUGUUCCGGGAGAACCAGGCCCCACUCUCAGCCUCAUACCCUGCACUUGCUCCCGUGGCGCCCGGCACAGCUGGUCCCGCCUCAAGGUGGACAUCGGAGAUGUGCCAGAUGCUCUGGGCGACGGCCCGGCACUGAAGCAGCGCUGCUUCGAGGACAUCAACGAAUGCAUCAAUGCCUCCACUGAGAAGAGAAAGCGCGUCCUGGUCCACUGUCGGGAUGGCUUCUCUCUGGCACCGACGUGUAUCAUCCAGUAUCUAAUGGUGAAGCAGAACAUGAGGCUGAUUGCUGCAUAUGAGCUACUGAGAGCCAAAUACCCGGUCAACAUCAGAGAGUGCCACCAAAAUGUGCUGGUGAGCUUGGAGAGAGCGCUACGGCCUGGUGGCAAUGUCGACCCAGAAUGCUUCAAACAGGCCAUCUCACGCAAAGUGGCGUGGACCUGA